GGUCUGACAUUUUGGAACAACAAGAGCGUAAGAAGGAAAAGAAAACAUCCAUUCUGCAUAGCGUUCAUCAUUUCAUCGUUGCUCUGAGCAGAUCUGUUGCCUCCUUCGGGUUCUUCAUUGCCGCCGAGCACCGCCGUAGCACUGUACAAACUACCAACACAGCUCUCCCUCUCUCUAUUCAUGGAAGGAACAAAAAUGGGGGUCGAUGAUGAGCUGUUGGACGACAAGGCAAAGAGAAUGAGAGAUUUGCUGUCAAGUUUCUACUCUCUUGACCCUUCUUCUUCCGGACCUCCCAAUGCUUCUUCCAGAUUUGCCACGCUAGAUACCAUUAACACCUCCUCCUUUGAUGCUGAUCAGUACAUGAAUCUUCUGGUGCAAAAGUCUAAUUUGGAGGGAUUGCUACAGAGGCAUGUUGAAAUGGCUGCUGAGAUAAAAAAUUUAGAUACUGAUUUGCAAAUGUUAGUAUAUGAGAAUUACAACAAGUUCAUAAGUGCAACAGAUACAAUUAAAAGAAUGAAUAAUAACAUUGUGGGCAUGGAAACAAAUAUGGAACAACUUCUUGAAAAGAUAAUGUCUGUGCAAUCUAGAAGUGAUGGGGUUAAUACUUCUCUGUUUGAAAAGAGAGAGCAUAUAGAGAAAUUGCACCGGACACGGAAUUUUCUUCGUAAAGUUCAGUUCAUAUAUGACCUGCCCUCUAGACUAGCAAAGUGUAUCAAAGCAGAAGCCUAUGCUGAUGCAGUGAAAUACUAUACUGGAGCCUUGCCAAUUUUUAAGGCAUAUGGGGAUUCAUCAUUCCUGGACUGUAAGCGAGCAUCAGAAGAAGCAGUGGCUGUUAUUGUGAAAAACUUGCAGGGAAAGGUAUUCUCAGAUUCUGAAUCCAUACAAGCAAGGGCUGAGGCUGUGAUGCUCCUUAAGCAGUUAAAUUACCCGGUCGAGAAUUUAAAGGUGCAACUAUAUGAAAAGUUAGAACAGUUCCUUGUGGACCUCAACCUUGAAUCUAAGGAAUUAAUGCACGGCUCUUUGAAUCUUGAUAUGCCCCCUGAUCAUGUAGAUCUUUCUGAUUCAACUUCUGUUGAUCAGGCUUCUAUACGUGAAUUUGCUGAAGCUAUCCGUGCUUAUCGAGUUAUCUUCCCUGACUCUGACCAGCAACUUGUUAGACUUGCAGAAGACUUAGUUAAGAAGCACUUUGAAGCCACUGAGCAUCAUAUUAAGAAGACGCUUCAUUCCACUGAUGUAUUAUCAUUGCUUCGGAUUAUUUGGACUAAUGUGCUCCUGAUGGAUGAAGUGUUACCUGAGGCUGGUCUGAUUGACUUCUCAUUGGAGGCUGCUCGUGUUUCUAUUAAAAAGUAUGUUGUGAGCAGAUUCAGUCAUCUUCUUCUUGAUAUAACAGGAGCCCUUGUGAAGCUCCAGGGUAAGCAGCAGGGAGUAGAGGAAGAAUAUACUUUGCAGGCUGCACUUGAUUCCAGUAAAAAAACAUUAAUUGAAGGCAGUUCAGAUGUCUUACAGGAGUUUCAACGGCUUCUUAAUGAAGACAUGGAACUACUAGUGAAAUUGAGAGAAAUGAUUAUCAACUGGGUACAAGAAGGCUUUCAAGAAUUUUUCAGGAAACUUGAAAAUGAAUUCCUCUUGCUUUCUGGAAAGAAGUAUUUUUCUGGACAGGAUCAAAACUUUGGGGAACGAAUGCAGGGUGACAAAAUCCUUCCUGGACUUGUUCUUGUGCUAUCUCAGCUAUCUAUUUCCAUUGAACAAAGUGUCAUCCCAAGAAUUACAGAGGAAAUAGCUGCUUUUUCUGGUGGAGCAGCUCGGGGCUAUGACUAUGGCCCAGCUUACGUCCCUGCAGAAAUUUGCCGCACCUUCCAUUCAGCAGGUGAAACGUUCUUGCAUAUGUACAUAAAUAUGCGAACUCAAAAAUUAUCAGUUGUAUUGAAGAAGAGGUUUACUACUCCAAACUGGAUGAAGCACAAGGAGCCCAGGGAAGUUCAUAUGUUUGUUGAUCUGCUUCUUCAAGAGUUGGAUGCAAUAGGAAAUGAAGUAAAGCAGAUAUUACCUGAAGGGCUUAAUAGAAAACAUCGACGUACUGACAGCAAUGGAAGCACUACUUCCUCACGCAGUAAUCCACUAAGAGAUGAUAGGUUGAGCCGGUCAAAUACCCAGAAAGCCAGGAGUCAGCUUCUGGAGACCCAUCUUGCAAAAUUGUUUAAGCAAAAAAUGGAGAUCUUUACCAAAGUUGAACACACACAGGAAUCAGUUAUGACUACUAUAGUCAAACUUUGCUUGAAAAGUUUGCAAGAGUUUGCCCGACUUCAGACAUUCAACCGUAGUGGAUUUCAGCAAAUUCAGUUGGACUUCCAUUUUCUGAAGACUUCUCUAAAGAAUGCUGCUGAAGAUGAAGCUGCCGUGGACUUCUUACUUGACGAGGUUAUUGUUGCUGCUGCAGAGCGGUGUCUUGAUCCCGUUCCUUUGGAACCUGCGAUACUGGACAAACUUGUCCAAGUGAAGUUGGCGAAGAUUUGAGAGCUUCUAACUCCACACAAUAAGAGUAUCAGUUGCAAGAUGACAGUUUUGGUGUAGAUUGCCUGACUUUCUUCCCCUAUAGCAUCCAAGUCUGAAGCUCUCUCUGCCUAUAAUGCUUCCAGAUUCCAGCUGAAGCUUUUUGUCUCAAUUUUCAGGAUUUCAUUGUCUCAUCACAUAGCAACUUCAGUUAUCAUUCUGUGAUUUUCAUUGAUAUAAAGGGCCACUGUAUAGAAUCAUAAUGUACUCUCAUGCUUUCCAAUUCAACAGCCACAAACAUUAUUCGAGGAUUAAAGAGAUUGAGAAUUUCCAUUUUAUUUUCAUUCUUGA